CUUUUGUUUUGAUUUUUUUUUAUUAUCAUAACUUAAGAAUUAUUAAUGCUAUUUAAGAUUAGUUAAUUAAUCUUCUCGACUUUUAUAUAUAUAAUUGCACAUGUUUUGUAUAUGGAAUGACUGGUUCAGGUAAAACUUAUACCAUGUUUGGAAAUAUGUAAUAAAAUAUGGAAGGAGCAUUUGCUCCAUAUCGUUAUUCAAAAUUAACACCCAUUCUUAAAGAUUCCCUUGGAGGAAAUAUAUUUGCACGCAUUAUCUCAUGUAUAAGUCAUGACUUUUACUGUAUAGAAAAAAGCUUAAAUACUUUGAAAUACUCUUAAAGAGCUAU